CGAGACAGUUCCCUGCUCUGUAGGCGGGUCCAGUCUGGUUACUAAACCGUUUUCCUCAACUGCAGGAAAUCUGUCCCGUUAAGUCGUGACCGUCCACGGUUCACGCGUCCUUUACAGUAAACCCAGCCGCCUGAUCCACGCUGCAGAGCCGCUUUUUAUCUAUUUCUUUUUUAUCAUGUGCAACAGCCAUGUUCUUCAGCUGCUCCUCUGUCUGCUCUGCACCGGACUGACGGCUCAGGUGGAUCUGGAAACAGACGAGGUGGUUCCCAAGCUGCUAUCCAGGCAGGAGGUGUACCUGUCAGAGGAUCCUAUCUACAGGCUACGACGCCAUCACCAAUGGCCCCUGGAUUUCUCGAGUAAACAACAUUCUGUGGCAGAGAACCUUAUUGUGUCGCUGUCGGCUUUUGGAAGGAGUCUAUAUCUUAACUUAACGAGAGACCUCAAAAUUCUUUCCAGAGACUUUGUUGUAGAGGAAAGGCUCAGGAACCAAACUGUAGUAGUCAGACCUUUUUCCAUGAAGCAGCUCUGUUUGUACUCUGGCUUUAUCAUCAACCAUACAGACUCUCUGGCAUCACUGAGCACCUGUGGCGGUUUGACUGGGCUAAUUCAGAUUGGGGAAGACAGCCUGUUCAUCCAGCCGCUGGGUGAACAUGAUCCGUCACAUUCGUUCUCUGGAAUCAAACACCAGCUGAUCCGACAUCGCUGCUCACCAAAGAACAACCCUGGGCAAUGUGCUGGCCGGCCCGUCAACUGUGGGACCAUCGAAGGAGAUAAACCGAAGAAGAAACCAAAACGAGGUGAAGACGUUCGCAGGAAGAGGAACACAAUGAACUUGGACAAAACAUUGACCUUAGAGACGGUGGUGGUGGCAGACUUUAACAUGGUGCAGUAUCAUGGUGCUGAAGUGGCAAAAAGAUUCCUGCUCACUAUCAUGAACAUGGUUGACAGCAUGUUUCAGCACAAGAGUCUGGGCGUUAAGAUCAACAUAAGAGUCAGUAAACUGGUGUUGCUUCACAGCCGCCCGGAAAGUUUGAAGAUAAGCCACCAUGGGCAAAGGUCUCUGGAGAGCUUUUGUCUGUGGCAACAGCGGGAGUUUGGAAUCCCUCGGUACCUUGGUACCAACCGCAUUACAGGUGGAAGGUACGGCGUCGCACCGGUGGACACUGCUGUGCUGGUCACCAGGACUGAUUUCUGUGUUUAUAAAGAUGAACCCUGUGAUACAGUCGGUAUAGCUUAUCUGGGUGGUGCUUGCAGUGCUAAGAGGAAGUGCGUAUUAGCGGAGGACAAUGGCCUUAAUUUGGCCUUCACCAUUGCUCACGAGCUUGGGCACAACAUGGGGAUGACCCAUGAUGACGACCAUGCCAACUGCACUAGCCACUCCCACAUCAUGUCUGGUGAAUGGGUGAAAGGAAGAAACCCGAGCAAUCUGUCAUGGUCGUCCUGCAGCCGCAACGACCUACAGAACUUUCUCAGAUCUGGAGCUAGCAUGUGCCUACGUUACACGGACCCCAGGAGCCGUCACUCGAUCCGCCUGUCUUCCAAGCUUCCAGGGAUGCACUACAGCGCAGACGAACAGUGCCAGAUCCUGUUUGGAACCAAUGCUACUUUCUGCACCGACAUGGAGCAUCUUAUGUGUGCUGGCCUGUGGUGUUUAGUAGAUGGGGAUCCAUCAUGUAAGACAAAACUAGAUCCUCCUCUGGAAGGAACAGAGUGUGGAACAGACAAGUGGUGCAGAGGAGGACAGUGUGUGAGUAAGGCACCCAUUCCUCAACAUGUGGAUGGAGAUUGGGGUCCUUGGAGUCAGUGGAGCAUGUGUAGUCGCACCUGUGGCACCGGGGUCCAGUUCAGACAGAGGAAGUGUGACAACCCCCCGCCUGGCCCAGAUGGGCGGCACUGUCCAGAAGCCAGUGUGGAGCACAAGGCUUGUCAAGGCCAGCCUUGUCCCAAAGGGGCCCCGAGUUUCAGAGACCUGCAGUGUCUUUCAUAUGACCAACAUGGCAGCAAGAUGAAGGGCGGACUGCUGACUGCUUUUAUUGAUGAUGAUAAGCCAUGUAUGUUGUUCUGCAGCCCUGUGGAUCAUAGCGUCCCAGUCCUGAUGGCCGAUAAAGUUAUUGAUGGGACACCCUGUGGACCUUAUGAGUCUGAUCUCUGUAUUAAAGGGAGUUGUAAGAAAAUCGGCUGUGAUGGCAUCAUUGGCUCCUCAGCAAAGGAAGAUGCUUGUGGUGUUUGCAAUGGAAAUGGAGACUCUUGUAAAAUUGUAAAAGGAGACUUCAACUACACCAAGGGAAUGGGCUACAUUGAGGCUGUGGUGAUUCCUGCAGGAGCAUGGAGAAUCAAAGUCAUGGAGGACAAACCUCUGCAAAGCUUUCUGGCUCUGAAAGACUCCAGCAAGAGAUCCAUCAACAGUGAUUGGAAGAUUGAACUUCCUGGAGACUUUGAGCUGGCUGGGACCACGGUGCGUUAUGUGAGAAGAGGACUGUGGGAGAAAAUCUCUGCCAAAGGACCGACUAAAACUCCCUUACACCUGAUGGUUCUGCUGUUUCAUGACCAGAGCUAUGGAAUCCACUAUGAGUACACCAUACCUCUGAACACAAGCCAGGACCGGGUCAAUGAGAAACAGACGGAGCCACAGAGCCUCUAUAUCUGGGCUCACAGCAGCUGGCAGAACUGUACUGUCCAUUGUGGAGGAGGUGAGAGGAGCACAGUGGUUUCCUGUAUGCAGAUAGUCAAUGGCAGCAUGGAAGUCGUCAGUAAUGACUAUUGUCGCUCCGAGACCCGGCCCCGGCCCAAGGUGCAGCACUGCAACACUCUGCCCUGCCAAUACAGGUGGAUGACAGGUGAGUGGGGACCCUGCUCUGUGUCCUGUGGUCGGGGUCUGCAGCAGAGAGAGGUGUCUUGUGUUUACCCCUCACUAAAUGGCUCACUCAUGCACACCAAGGACUCGUACUGCAAUGGAGAAAAACCUAAGGUCCAACGGGGCUGUGAGGUCGACCCCUGCCCUUCGACGUGGGAGGCUUCCGAGUGGUCAGAGUGUUCAUCAGAGUGCGGUCAGGGUGUUCGCAGAAGGACAGUGCGGUGCAAAAACCCAGAAGGGGGCUGUGAUCCUUCCUCUGAGCCAAGUCAGGAAGAGCCUUGUGAGAACGAGUCUGGAUGCUACCAGUGGAGAUUUGGAGACUGGUCCAAGUGUUCAUCUACAUGUGGAAAAGGUCUGCAAUCACGAGUGGUGCAGUGUAUGCACAAGGACACCGGUCGUCAUGGAGACAGCUGUCCGUUAAUUUUGAGGCCGCCGAUUUACCGAUCCUGUUUCCGGGAAUAUUGCUUCAAUAAAGAUGCCUGAAGGAAAGCUGAUUGGAUAAGCUGGUUUUGCUCUGCAGCCCCACAGCUGAUUGAGGAGAAGAGAAGAACGUUUCUCAGCAGCUGCUUGUAUGGAGUCAGCUUCUCUCUGUUUGGGAGUGAAAAGGACCAACAGGGGGCCAGUCCC